ACCAACCUCGAAGAAUCCACUAGUUUGUUGGGAAUGGAAAUGGGCAAGUGCCAGGUAAAUUAUUUGAUUACUUGUUGUGUGAUGUAUGUGUUGAUUGCAUGAUGUCACAUGACUAUUAUGAAUUGUGGAUUUUCUUAUUUGUUUACUUUGACGUUAGAUAUUUCUCACUCAGCGUCAUUCCUCAGCAUGUACGUAGUUUAUUGUUUGCUACACGUAAAUAGUCAAAGACAUGAUGAACCUAGAGCUGACCCUGGAGGGAAAUGAGGAGGAAAAGAUGUGGGUUGACUUGAUUGAAGAUUUGGAAAUAAUUACUAUUUUUGAAUAACUUAUUAUGUUUUUGGGCAUGAGUCCCAAGUUGUGUGUUUUAAUAAAUUAAGCUUACGCACUAUUUGGAUUUUUACUCCGAUGAUGGUAAAUUUAAUUUAAAGGAACUAUUUGGAUGUUUUGAAUCAUUUUCAAAAUAUUGUGUGUUUGGAUACCAGAUUAGUAGCAAUCUGGUUCGCUAACCCAUGUAUUCGGGUUAUGCGGGUUUGGGUGUUACAGUUUGGUAUCGGAGCACAUGGUUUUAAAAUCGAACUUCGAAUCAAAAUCAAUGUUUUCCAAAAACAAGUUGUACCCACAUCUAUGGCUACUCAUUUACCCCAUGAAGGUAAUAAGAUUUCUCCUUGUAUGAUUUGUAUGACAAUAGCAUGUUCCCAGAAUGAGGGAAACAACCAGAAAGUUUGAGGUCAGCUAGACCCUGUGUUAUCGAUCUUCAUGAUAGAGCAGAUUUUAUAUGAUAAUGGCUCCGAUAGAGCAGGCAUUAUACUGAAGAUUUUAUAUGAUAAUGGCUCCGAGGAGAUUCUUGGUGACCAGAUUGCUGAGCCACAAAUUACCUUCGAUUGCUUAGACCAGGCAACGAGGGUGCUGAAGGAUCAUAAGGUCCCAGAGGCUGAUCACCCUGAUCUAGCUGUCCAGUUGCUCUAAAAGGAGCAUACGAAUGGUGGAAACGAGCAAGUGAGCAUGCUUUAAAGCCCUUGAUGUGGGCAUACUUUGAGGUUCCCUCCAGAAGGAGUACCUUUCGCCUCAAUUUUGAAAGGGAAAACAUGUUGAAUAUAUUUAAGCCCUAGAGGCCAACUUAUGAUUUGUAUCUGAAUUAUUUCAAGAAUAAAGGCUUUGAAGAAUG